AUGGAUGGUCGCGUCCCCUUUCGCCACUCACUUCCAGAGGCGCCGCUGGAAAUCGGCGCGCUGCAACCAAGCAGACUGCGCGAGCAUUAUGAUCGGACGCUCGCAACAGAUAUGUUGUAUAUGAUGUAUGAACCGAUGCCUGAAGGGGAAGAGCUUACAGAAAUGCCCUCCGGCGCUCUUGUUCCUCCGGAAGUGCACCAAGAUCGCGUGCGACGUUGGGCUGGCGAUUCUCCGUACUUUGCGCAUCGUCAUGCACGCCCACAGCGCGGUAACCGUCCGCUGCUCCCGAUUCUAAAGCCAUUGUAUGAAUCGAACCAUGUUGAGCACGAUUUGCCGCGGUUGGAACGUGUUGUACUGACGGCAUUUUGUCGCGACGCCAUCGUGAAUAAGCAAGCGUUGCUGCCGCUUUUGGGCCAGGUUCGUGCGGUUACCGGCCUGCCAGUUCUUGGCUCGCUGGCAGACCCAUCUGUUGGCAGUUCACACACGGCUGCUGACCGUGCGCGCAAUGGCUAUAUCCAAAUACUACGUGCCAAGAAAGGCGUUGCUUCCUUCAAGCUCCGGCCCGGAAUGCCUGUCGGUGUACAAGCCGUACUGCUGGGCGAUUCCGCGUACGAGUUUAUCGAACUGCUUACUACGUUCGUGCUCCCGCGGCUGCGUGGGUUUGGCGGGCUGCCGCUGCCGCCCGCGGGACAGCCACUGCAGAGUGCCGCUGCGGUGAGCGGUGUGGUAUCCUUUGGUAUGGGUCCGGAGGCGAUGCCUUUGUUCCCUCAGGUCGAAGUGAACUUGGAUCAAUACCCCGGCCGUCGGUUUGGCUUUCAAAUCGACUGCAUCACGAAUCAACGUGGGCGCCGUGCGACGGAGCGUGCACGGACACUUCUUAGUGGCCUUGGAUUGCCAUUCGUGCGCCGCGGAACAAUGACAUUGUAG